CAUCAAUAAGUCAAGUAAUUUCUUGCCACCUUCUUUCUGCAGUUUUCCCUCAAUUUCUUCUACUUCCUUAACUACACUUUUCUUUUUUUCUCUCUCUCUCGUAUGUGAGUCAGAAUGAUCAAAGUUAUCAAAUUUGCAUUUAGCAGAUCUUGAUUUACUUUGUAAUAAUUUAUCUUAAUUUCACUAUAAUAUAUCUUUGUGGUCAUCAUUCUUUUCCUCGUGUCCAUGGAGUCCUACUGCAGUGUCAGAUGGAGGAUUAUACAGAAAAACAUCCUUCUCUUUUUCUCAAUUUCCUUCUUCUUCCUCUUCUUUUUUGCAGCUUACAACACCCUCAUCUCUACAAGUCUCUAUGAAAUCAAUUUUGGGUUGGCUGCUAAAGCUGAUUUUUCCUUCCAGAAAUCCAAGAAGGCCACGGGAAAUACAAGGAGGAUUUUAGGCGGGCUAGGAUCAUCGCCACCACGGUGCAUGUCAAAAUGCGGCAGAUGCACACCAUGCCGGCCAGUCCACGUGGCGGUGCCACCGGGGACUCCGGUGACUGCUGAGUACUACCCAGAAGCUUGGAGGUGCAAGUGUGGCAACAAGUUGUACAUGCCCUAGUUAUCAUUCAUAUAUAUAUAUAUAUAGCAAAAUUGAAGGAUAUAAAUGUCAAGGUCUUACUUGUUACAUUUAAUGGCUAGCUAGGAAUAUGAGGAAAUGAUAUAUAGUGAUAGUAUGGUUUAUAGCAUCCAUUUGAGGAUCUGAUGUUUUAUGUGUACAUAUAUAAUUUGUCCACCAAUACAAUUCAGAGCUACUUUCCUCAAUGUUGAUUUUGUUUCUCAUUUUUCAGAGAAACUUUUGAGCUGAUUGGCUUGGUCACUCUGAAAGAGAUCUUUUUAUGUAAAAUAUUAAUGUAUUUUAAUCCAUCUCAUUUUUUAUCAGGAU